GAGCAUCAAUAGAAUCUUGAACAGCAUGAGUCUGGAGCAGCGGGAGGCUUUCGGAUUGUGGUACAGCAAAGGUAUAUCUGCCUCCGACAUCAUCAAAGGUCAACAGUCACUCAUCCGAGACUCCGGAAACUUGAUCGCCUACCUCCCCUUCCCAAGCUUCCAACACCUCUCAGCUGCUCAGCUGUUAGAUGGGCUGGAUGUGCUGAAGAGAAACACCUUAACCCCUAUAAGGCAGGAGUUCAUAGCCAACACAGUCAUUGGUACCUACAAGAACCUGACCGCUCAGGACUUUAACAGGCUUGGAAAUAUCUCAUGCAUGGCAGAGCCAGCGGACCUCCUUGCAUACAAUAACACCGAGGCCUUUCGAGUCAUCCUGGACACCAUUAUGAACUGCACACUUAAAGGAAUCAGCAUGCCCAGCCAGAUGAUUUCCAUUAUCCUAAAAAACAGCCCAGAGCUGCAGGCCCCAUCUUCACUCACGUCCGCCCGGCUGGCAGAGAUUGCACCCCUCCUCCCUUUGGUAGGCGGGGCCUUCCUGCAGCGACUCACAGCGUCACAGCUGCUUCCUGCCCUUCCUGCCCUCAGCGCCAUCCCCUUCAGUGCAGCACAGGCCUCCAUAAUCGUGGAAAAGCUACUUCCCACUCUGACUCAGGGCCAGCUGCAGGAGCUUGGUGCCCUGGCUGUGGGAGUGAAGACGGGGACCUUGAUGAGCUUCACUUCGGACAAACUGCUGUCAUUCCUGAAAUCCUUUGGCCAAAGCACCAAAGCCCUGGGCCUCUGUUCACAGCAAGCAAAUGCUAUCACCACCAAACUAUGGGGUUUUGCAGAGGUUGUUGACUGGUUGAACGACGUGGAGCCGUUGCUCAGCUGCACACCUCUGAUUAGUGUCCUGCGCAGAACUCCCCCACUUUUGGACAUACUCCCCAACACAAUCAAAAAAAAGUGGAACACACAGCAGGCUCAAGCGAUUUUCACAGCGCUGCUCCGAACAAAUCCAAAUCAAGUUAAACAAGGUUUUCUGAGUUUGGGAGCACUGGGUCAAGGUUUGACUUGCAAGAUCCUACAGGAUAAUUUGCGGGUCAAUCCAUCCCCUUCUGCAGUGAGGAUGGUCUUAGCUUUCCUGAGGCAGCAACCUAAUCUUCUGCACAUCUCACUGAAAAAGUGUUUGAUUGAGGCGAUUUCUCAGUUUGAAUUCUUCUCUGAACUGCUUGAGGAUCUUGGAGUUGAAAUAGCUCUCUCUGUGCCUGUGAGCACCAUUAAGAAGUUUUCUAUAGAUGAGAUGGACACUUUGAGGGAGAUGAUUAUUCAGGAACCUCUUCAGUUUCUCAUGUUGUCUAAAACCAAACAGGAACUGCUGGUGGACAAAAUAGCUCAGAGACUGGGCAUGUACACAGGGGACUUCACAGAUAAGGAGUUUCGGUCUCUUGGAAUUAUGGCGCCGUUUGUGGUGGAUGAAAUCUUUAUACAAGUCAAUCGCAGCUUUUUUAUUGAAAAUCUGGAUUCCCUCCAGGAGCUCUGUUACAGUGGCAGUAAGAUGGAAAUUGUGGCCCGUAUCCUGCAAGAACCUGCUGUUUUUGGCCCUGUCCAGAAGUGGAAUGGGACAACGCUCACUCAGGCUGGGCGAUUUAUCUUCUUUUUGCCUACCAAAGUUGUGGAGACCAUUUCACCAGAUCUGAUGACAGUGGGGCGAAUAGAGAAGCUGUUCAUGAGCCAGAGACAGUGGGCACAGGGAGAUGUGGGGAUCCUUUGUUCGGACCAGAAUGACAUGAAGGCCAUUUUUGACAAGCAGCAGUAUGUCCUGCAGUUCUUCCUGGGCUUCCUCAAAAUAAAUCCUUUUUCAUCAACACCCUUGGUUCCCACCUGUGAGAUGCUGCACACAACAGCGCCCUCUGUCUGGACCUCCAGCAGUCUGAGCAGCAUGUCAUCAUCCGCCUUCUCCAACUGUCUGGAGUUGAUGGGCGGCGACUCAAAUUUGGCAUUCUUCCAACGUGGCGAGGUGCUCAAGAGGGUGAAAAAGAUGUAUGGCCCAGUGUCAUCAUUAUCCCCGUCUGUGAUUGCUCAGUUAGGUGUAAUAGCGACAGAGAUGACACCGGAAGAACUUAAUGCUCUCCAACUGACCGAGAGAGGAAGCAUUGCUGCCAUGGGAGCUGUCAAAUCUUGGAACAGCAGACAGCUCGCUGCCCUGUUCGCUGCUUUGUUAAACUCCACCAAGCAGAGUCCCAACCAGCUAGACUCCAGCACUCUGGUGGCACUGGGACACAUUAUAUGUGGAGCUAAAACUACAGAGAUCAAGUUACUCAAUAAUGUAGAGUUCAGCAAGGCAGUGCUCUGUCUGGGUCAGCUGAGUCUCUCCUGCUCAGAGGAGCAGCUGCAGGCUCUUGUUGAGCUGCUCUCCCACAGCCUGGCCUUUGGUCUCAUGAGUUCAUGGGGGACUGAUGUGUUCAUGGAGAUUGGAGUCCUGGCAGCUGGUCUCCCUGAUAUUGCUAUGUCAGCUUUAGUUCAAGAGCAAAUUGAAGGAAUCACCCCCAAGGCUAUCUCAAUGAUUUCACCUCAAAAGUUUGCUGUGGCACUUAACCAGAAGCAGAUCAGCAUGUUUUCCUAUGAGCAGGCGGCAGCAGUGACUCAGCAGCAGAUCGCGGUUCUGUCGGAUGUGCAGAGGACAGCUCUUGACAUGGUGCUGACUCCCUGGGUGAAUAAACCUGUAGACUUCAGAGGGAGGUCAAUGGGCUUGGUGGUUGGCAUCAAUCCUUCAUGUCUCAUAUUUGGACUACUGAUGCAGCUAACUGUCUCAUUCUGCCAUGAUACAUAACCUCACUCUUCUAAGCUGCUUCAGGACUGUGAUACAAAGCACAAUAAAAAAUAUAAGCAAAUAAGCAAGAUACAGUUUUUGUGAAGAGGAAAUAAGCAACAUAUCUGGAGUUCUUCAUGUCAUGUUUCCUGACAUUUUAGUGAACGUUGUUGCAAAUUCCCUUUUUUUUUCAAAUUAGCUAAAAGUACAGCUUUGCUUUUGAUAUAAAAACACAAUUAUAACAUUUUGCAGCGUUUUCAUUUAAACCCCAUAUAAAACCUACAAUAAAUAAAAGUUAACAUUUAUUUUUCUAAAAACAUGUAUAUUGACAAGGAAAAAAUGUAAAUUUUUUGCAAAUGAAAAAAUGUAUUGACAUUUUUUAUUUGUCUGUAUGUUACUGCAAACUGUCAGGUUAUUUUGUGUAUAUAGUCAAUAGUUAAGACUGGAAGUAUUAGUGCUUAUCAAUGACAGUCUAUUGUUGCUGUGAGUUUAUUAUUGUUGUGCUUGCUUAAUUUUCUUUAACUUUUAGCUGAAAUGUUCAGUUAAACCACUUGGGCUCUGAAUGACUGUUACUUUAUUAAAAGGAACCAACAAUUAAACUUUUAUUUCACAAUGUAUAUUUUUACAUUUUCUGUCUUUUGUUCUUAGAUCUUCUCUCACUGAUAACCUCAAAUGUUUUGCAUACAUUUCAGGACUUUCGGAGGUCUAAAAAACAAAUCCUGGCAGUCAUAAGGCAAGAAUCAGGGGACCGCAAACCCAACAGUAAUCUAUUCAUCAGUCUUUUUCAAAUAUUAUAAGUUCCGAAUCAUAUCUAACAGGACAAAUGUUCAAUAUUUAUUCAAACCAGGGAUACUCUUAGAAAAAACAAAUUCAUUUAUUACUCUGUAAUUGUUUAAAAUUUUCUUUGAAAUAAAUCUCUGUUAUCUUAGAAUUUUUCUUUUGUGUUUAGUAACCUUGAAACAUUAUGGGCGUCCUGAUUCUGUAGAUCCAAGAAAAAACAUAUUUUUGAUAGACAUUAUUUACAAGAACUUG